UGAAGGUGCCAUCCAGUAGCUGUGCCUCACGUCACUGACUGCCCUCAGUCAGAAAUCUUGACCUGCAACUUUAGAGGGUGGGUCUCUGAAAGAAUUUCAGAGCUUACACAGAGCUGAGGUGUGUUGCUCUCUGAUGAGAGCAAAGCUGGCUGGAGCACUGAGAGUCUGGCUCUGUCUCUUUUCACAACCAAGGGGCAUCUUUGUGGACUGAAGUUUCAGAAAGAAUGUUUCAGAUGUUUAAAGAAUGGUUUUGGUUGGAAAGAUUCUGGCUUCCUCCAACAAUAAAGUGGUCAGAUUUUGAAGAUCAUGAUGGGCUCGUCUUUGUGAAACCCUCUCAUUUAUAUAUGACCAUUCCAUAUGCUUUUGGCUUGAUAAUUAUCAGACAUUUUUUUGAAAAGUUUAUUGCUUCACCUCUAGCAAAAACAAUUGGCAUUAAAGAGGAAGUUCGAAAGAAGAUUACACCAAAUACUGUUUUAGAGAAAUUUUUCAAACAUUCCACAAGGAAACCAUCUCAAACUGAUAUUUAUGGACUGGCAAAAAAGUGUAACUUGACAGAGCGCCAGGUUGAAAGAUGGUUUAGGAGUCGGCGGAAUCAAGAUAGACCUUGCAGGAUGAAGAAAUUCCAGGAAGCUUGCUGGCGAUUUACAUUUUACUUAAUGAUUACCAUUGCUGGAAUUGCAUUUCUUUAUGAUAAACCUUGGGUAUAUGACCUUUGGGAGGUUUGGAAUGGCUAUCCUAGACAGCCCUUGCUGCCAUCUCAGUACUGGUACUACAUUUUGGAGAUGAGUUUUUAUUGGUCUCUCUUAUUUAGCCUUGGCUCUGAUAUCAAGAGGAAGGAUUUUCUAGCUCAUGUCAUCCACCACCUGGCUGCUGUUAGUUUGAUGAGCUUCUCUUGGUGUGCUAAUUAUAUUCGCAGUGGGACCCUCGUGAUGAUUUUACACGAUGUGGCUGACAUUUGGCUGGAGUCUGCUAAGAUGUUUUCUUAUGCCGGAUGGAAGCAAACCUGUAACACCCUGUUUUUCAUCUUUUCCAUCAUAUUUUUCAUCAGCCGCCUCAUUAUUUUUCCCUUCUGGAUUUUGUAUUGCACGCUGAUUCUGCCUCUGCAGUACCUUGAGCCUUUCUUUUCAUGCAUCUUCCUCAACCUACAGCUCAUGGUCCUGCAAGUUCUUAAUCUUUACUGGGGUUACUUCAUCCUGAAGAUGCUCAAAAGAUGUAUAUUCACGAAGAAUAUCCAGGACGUGAGAAGUGAUGAUGAGGAUGAGUAUGAAGAGGAAGAGGUUGAGGAAGAGGAGGAGGAGGAGAAGGAAGAAGCCACCAAAGGCAAAGAGACAGACGGUUUGAAGAACGGCCUUGGGGCCAACAGGCACCUCAUUCCCAAUGAGCGCAGGCUCCGGACACGCAGGCUCAGCAGCCAUGGAUCACGGGCCUAGCCGCUCCGCGGCAUGUGGGAUCUUCCCGGACCGGGGCUCGAACCCGUGUCCCCUGCAUCGGCAGGCGGACUCUCAACCACUGCGCCACCAGGGAAGCCCUCUGUGGAUGUUUUCUAUUGAGUUGAUGGGUCUUGAGAAAAGGUUCUGAAAUAAACAAUAAUUAUUUGCCUGGCAAAAGUCUUCUAGAAUGGGAAAGUUAUGCUAAUGAAGACAGUGCUAUAGUCAAGUCAUGUAAAUGGGGACAGUGAGCUGUGUGGGGUUGGUGAUCUGGAUUCGCAGUAUACACUUACAUUAUCUAUAUACAUACUCAUGUUACCUUUAUCCAUGAACUCUGCUAUAAUGUGCUCAGGUGAGGGGGAAAUGAAAAUAGAAGCACCUCCUGUGUAUGCCCCUGAGACUAUGAACACCCAGAAGGGGCAUCUUUAACUAAUUUGCACUAAGACUCCAUAUAGGCAAUUGGCAGCACUAUACAAUGUACUUUUUAAACACAAAGAUCUGCACUCUAAGUCUACACAUGAUCUGUUCCUUGCUUUUUGCUCACCAAUGCAUUGUAGGGAUCUUUCCAUAUUGGCACAUAUAGAUCGCUUUCAUUUCUGUAAGAGCUGCAAGGUAAUCCUUAGAAAUUUAUCAUAGUAUUUAACCAGUCUCAUAUUGUUUGACACUUGAAUGGUUUCUAGUUUUUAGCUCUUAUAAUAUUGCCAUGAACAUCCUUCGGUGGAAGUAUCUAACCCAAGUUGCCUGGUUUAAAAAUCCCUACUCUGUUACAUACUGUGUAACCUUGAGCAAGUCUCUUGAUCUCUUCACCUUCAGUUUACUCAUCUGUAAAAUGGGCACAGAACCUUCUUCAUUAUGUCAUGUUGAGGAUUAAAUGAGAUGAUCCACAUAAAACAUUUUUCAGCCCACCUUCACAUAGUAAGCACUCAAUAAAUGUCAACUCUUCUAAUUGUUCAUAAUUCCCAUGGGGUAAGUUUCUACUAGUGAGAUUUCUGGGUCAAGGCACAUGCAGUUUUCAUUUUAAUAGAUACAAAUUGCCUUCCAACAAAGGUGUACAAAUUUAGUCCUACUGACUGUGUUUGAGAGUAGCUAUUUCUCUGAAAUGGGAAUCAUCAACUUUUUUUUUUUUUUUUUUUUUUGUGGUACGGGCCUCUCACUGUUGUGGCCUCUCCCACUGUGGAGCACAGGCUUAGCAGCCAUGGCUCACAGGCCUAACCACUCCGCAGCAUGUGGGAUCUUCCCAGACCGGGGCACAAACCCAUGUCCCCUGCAUCGGCAGGCGGACUCACAACCACUGCGCCACCAGGGAAGCCCGGAAUCAUCAACUUUUGACCUUUACUCCAGUCUGAGAGUUUUAAUAUCUUAUUGUUGUUUUGACUUGCAUCUCUUUAAUGUGAAUGAGAUGGAACAUUUGUGUUUCUUUUACUUGCUUACCCAUUUUUCUAUUGGGUUAUUGUUCUUUUCCUUAGGUGUCUAUGAGCCCACUGUAAGGAGAUUGACUUCUAUCAUCUGUAAUAUAGAAUUUUCUGCUUGGCUUUGGUCUUAUGAUUUUAUAAGUAGUAAUUUGGGAGAGUCCAUUCAUGAAUUUUAAUUUUUCCAGUAGUAGUAAAAUUCAUCAGUCUUUUCCUUAACAGUCUCUGGAGUCUGCUUCCUGCUUGGACAGUCUUCCCUAAACAAAAGUAUACGUAAAAAAUCAUUCAUGCUUCUUUUUACAGCUUCCAUGGAUUCAUUGAUUCUCUGCUCCAGAUGGUAUUUAUUUUGAUGUAAGAAGUAAGAUGAGAAGGGAUUUUUUUUAAUGGUUGCUGGUUUUCCCCCAAGACAUUUGCUGAAUUCUAUUUCUUUUUUCUUGUGUUUGAAAUGCCACCCUUAAAUUCCCAUAUGUAUUUUGUGUCUCCUGGCUUUGUGCACUUUCCACUCUGUUUCACUGAAGUGCUUAUCGUAUACUAUCCUGUUUUAAUUUGAAUAACUUUAUAAUAGGUUUUAAUAUGGUUGGGUCAGUGACCCAUCUCUACUCUUUUACUUCCAAAUUUCAUUGGCCCAUCUCACAUUUAUAUUUUAUUUCCAACAUUUCUUUUAUUACAAACUAGAAACCAGAUGAAUUCUAGAGUUUUUUGGUUAGGUUUCCCCCCAAAUCUUGAUGGUAUGCUAUUUUGAGAUUGCUCUGAAUUUAUAAUUAAUUUAGGGGAGUUAAAUUAUAGUUUUGAGUCAUCCUAUCCAAAAGUAAUGUGUGUAUUCCUAUUCAGUUAAAUCCUCUUUUAUGUC